AAAUCUUUUAUCAGUAGCAAGAGUAAUAUUCCAAAAUCACAAAGUAGUUUUCAAUUCUUUGAAAAAUUGCAGAAUGCUGUAAAUUAUCAUUGAAUUUCGGAAGUCUGUAAAAAAUAAACAUGUAUCUGAAGAGUUUAUAACUGGCAACACGAUUUAUUUACUGAUUUCAUGAUCACUCUCAAACACGUGCUUGUGAAAUUACUAUCAACAAAAGAACUUAUAAUCAUUAACAAUGGAUGACAAUAACAAAGGAAACGAUCCAAUAGAUAUUCCCGAACAAAGUGUACUCCGACAAGAGAUUUUGGAUGAAACAAAUAAAUUAUCAGUAGACACACUUGAUAAAGGUCAAGAUCAAACAUCGCCUGUGUCUCCAUUAAUAGUGGAAUCUAUGGCUAUGGAUUCGGUUGGUGUGCCUAGUAAGUUAGAUUCUAACUUAUCUAAAGGAUGUAUUCAAAAAAUAUUGUGCAAGGAUAAUCCGACAGAUAUUGAAAUGGAUUUAGCAGAGGAUUCCACACAAAGAGCCCACAGUGUUAAAAUUGAAAAACAAGAAAAAACAUUGUCUUAUCAAGAGAGUGUAGCCCGAGAACAAGCAGUUGAAUCGCAUGCUGUAAUUCAGAUAGCCAACAGUUCAUUAUCACUUCUUUCUCAAUACAUUAGCUCGGAUUCGGAUUCUAAUAUAACGGAUUCUGAAGAAGAGUUGCCGAAAAUUACUGCUCAAACAAUCAAGCAAGAAUCAGAAUCCGAUAGUGGCGAGGAAUGUGUAGAAGUUAUACACAAUACUUCAAACUACCGAACUAAUCAAUCUGCGAUAGUUAUCAGUGAUACAGAGACCGCACCGGAUGUAACAGAUCAUGAGUCUGACAACGAUCUUUUUUCAUCGGAAGAAGAAGAUGAAACUGCACCAGCAGUUCCUGUAAAAGCCAAAGGGGAAACUUUAAUUCAUGAACUACCACCUAUAGAGGAGCUGCAGAUUAGUGUUUCGGAGGAACAAUGCAAGUCAAUUGGUCACAUUCAAUCAAUUGUCGCACAGAUUGUUAUUGUUCAAUCUAUGGCAGGAGUAGAACUCCUUAAUAUCGACACAGUUCUUUUCCUAGAGAAAGGCAAGCGUUCUCUUGGAAAAAUAUUUGAUGUCAUCGGCCAGGUAGCCGCCCCAAUGUACUGUGUACUAUUCAAUUCCCGUCAAGAAGUAAUUGAUAAAGGAAUACAUAUAGGAUCACCCGUUUACUGUGCUCCACGAACCGAGCAUACACAGUUCAUUAUUUUGUCCGAUCUGAUGAAGCAGAGAGGAUCUGAUGCGAGUUGGUUGGAUGAUGGUGAGACACCCGAGUAUGCAUUGGAUUUCUCAGAUGACGAACAAGAACGAGUAGCUCGGAAGCACAGACAUAAUUCUAAUUCCAGUACUGGAAGACAAACACCAGAUGGAAACCCCCGACCACCCUUCUACAGAAGAGGUCGAGGUCGUGGGUUUCAUAGAGGACGGCCGUAUAGUCACAGCUGGCAUUAUAACAUUUCAAGGCAGAAUCAACCACUACGAGUGCUUAAUCCAUUUUCCAUUGCAUCCAAUUCGAGUCGAAUUUCAUCUCAACCGCCUCCACCACCUCCAUCAGCGCAGAACUAGUGUGUAAGAAAAUUUGUUGUCGCGAAAGGCAAUUAAUUUAUACAUUUGAAUUUGAAAUUUUGAUGUGUACCGCAAUUAGAAUAUUCAUAUUAGAGUAUUCAAGAGAUGUAAGUUUUGAUUGAAUUAAAUU